AAUUUAAUUUUAUUUAUGACAUUUUAUCCGUAUCUUGACAUUUUAUACAUUUAUAAUAUAAAGUGAUAAAUAACGGAACGUAAAUAUUCCACAACAUUUUAAAUAUCACAUCUCGAUGUAGCAGUUAACACUUACUUAAUAGUAUUUCAAUUUUGGUCCGUUAUCGACUGCAAUUCCUUUUACGUCACGUCGUAAUGAUACAACAAUUUUGCAACAGAGUGCAUGUACUACUCGAUCGAUUCUCGAUCUGUAACGUGGUGCGUCCCUAAAUUGAAAUUUUAUCCGAAAUAUCUGAACGUUACUCUGUAACUGUUCGAACGAUUGAUUCGCACAUUUCCCACAGAGGGUGCUGGAAGGAAAGUUUCGUACGAAAACGUGUUUCACGCGAACAGCAGGAUCUCUUUUGUAUCCCUUUUUGUUGCACGUUUCAUCGUUCUUCUCGCGGGUUCCUCUUCCUCUUUUCGUUCUCCUUCCUCGCAAUACUCGUUACUCGUUACCCAUGCUCGGUUACUUCAUCGUUCUCUCUGCGCGUGCAGGUUGGACAUUCCAAGAGCACGUUGAACCGUCGCGGUCACCUCUGUCUCUCGCAUUUCUAUACUGUCCCCAGUGUGUAACUAUCUUGCCGGAUAAAAUCUGUCCACUCGUGGACGGGUGUCUCCCUCUCUGUCCACUGAUAAAACUAAUGCGCGAAAUUUUAAGUGGCGCUUACAAACAGCACGUCCAUCUCGAUUCGUAAUUACGAUGCGCGCUCCUCCUUAGUCAUCGAUGUGAUAGUCACGAUUGCAUGCAUUAUUUUAAGAUGAAAGCACCUUACAAACACGGCUCGGUUGUAUCGUGGAGAAAUGACAAAGAGGACCUAGAUACAACAUCCGCGAUCCAGAUAUCCUCGCAACCGGGUGUUCGAGAUAAUAUCUGUCUUCGAAAUUAAUAACUCGAAUCAAUCAGAACUGAUUUUAAAGGCAUUAAGCAAGCAUGUCGAAUAGACUAGUAACGUCUAGUGUGUAUCAUAAGCCGGAUCUUCACUGAACCAGCAAAGAGCAACUUUUUAUUGCUGUUCCAUGUUUCUUGAAGAAGUGGCCAAUGUGAACAAAAUGUUUCUAACUGUUUCUGUUGUUCGUUGGGAAUGUUUCGAAGCAUGCAAUUAACAAGACGCACAAAAGGUUGCUCAUUGGUGAAGCGUCGAAUACCUGGCUAAUCUCUUAUAUUCAAUGGUUUUGACCAUCGGUGAGCCCCUAGAGGGAAAAGGGAGGGGGGGCAAACGGUUAUUCGUAUACGUCUCUUAGGGUUCGUUCGGCAGUCGUGUGUUUGGUGAAUUGUCGAAACGAUCGAUACACGCCUUAGUGUGGUUUGUGGAUUCUCUAAGAAUUUUGUCUCGGAAGUUAAAUUGUGGCGCGUAACCCAGUUCGCGACGGAGAGCGACUACUCACCGAUCCGAUCUCCGUUACCGGUAUCACAGAUGGGAACUACAAGCCUGCAUCAAGCGAGGGUGAAUGCACUAUACAGAGUGUCUCAAAUGUAAAAAGGUCCUUAACAUCAACAGCUACGGUGGAUUGGAAAAAUGUUUGCUACUCAUACUCAAAUGGUAAAGUGGACUUUCCCUGCUUUUGCUCUUAUAAUUGGUAUAUUGUGGUACAAACGGCGUCAAGCAGACAGAGCUGAUCCAGGUGGAAUAAAUAAAAACUGUCAUAGCAAAGAGAAUAGUACUGAUCAGGAGAUUGCUUCGUCAGAUUCUAAUUCAAGCCUUCAUGAUUCUGGCAUACAAAAUAAUGAAUCCUGCUCAUUGAGUCCUCCUAAUCAACAGGUAGAAGACAUACGGGUAGAAGAGAUUGUUUCUAUCCCUAGAAAAACAAGCGAAAAUUUAGAUAUUCCGCAAAAAAGGUCUGGCUCGCCGUGUAUUUCUGGGCAUUCUAGAACUCCUCCUAAUGAUGACGGAGAAGUAUGGUACAGUUUCGUAGAUACCUCGUCGAAAAUGGAAAUACAAUUAGGUAGUAACCCAAUAAUAAGCAAUUUCGAUAUGGUUGCAAAGAGUAGAGGUGCUUCCUCCUUGGAAGAAGCCGCUGAUUCUGAUGAUAAAGUAUUAAAGAUAUUUGAAAAUAUCGUCGAGGAAGAAGAACAAAAGUUAGCGCCUGAGAAUAAAUCAAUAGAAGUUGUCAAUCAAAACGAAGAGAAUAAUACAAACGAUGAAUGUAAUUAUCUACCAAGCGAAGAACCAUCUGUUUCCACGCCACUGAAAGAUAAUGUUAAAACACCAGCUCGAACAUUAUCCGAAAGAGAUUCUGCUAACCAUAGUCCAGUUUCUGGUGUCUUAGAAGGCAGUGUCACAGAUGAAGCAAGAAGUGAGGGGAGUACAGAUAGUGGAAAAGGUGGAAGUAUCAAGGGUCAUACAAAAGACACUGUAAUGCCAAUGAUAUAUGAAUUUAGUAUACCACAAUCUUUAGUUGGACGACUAAUUGGUCGGCAUGGAAGCUUCUUGCAAAAUAUUCGACAUAAAGCGGAAGUAAGCAUAGUCCUCAAACGUCAUCCUAUAUCGAGAGAUCAAAAACUUUGUGCCAUAGAAGGUUCUACAGAAGGAAUAAACGUUGCUCUAGAAAUGAUACGACAAAAGUUUCCAGAAAAAAAAUUUCCACAGUUGACACUUCAUCAGAUUUCACCAUUAAUAGUACCUGAAGAUAUUCCUUGGUUUGCUGAAUUAAGACAGUUAUCAUUAGUGGAGGGAGUCAAUAAUGAUGUUGUUAUAUGUCACAUAGUGAAACCAAACAGAUUAUUUGUACAGCUUCCUACUCAUCCUACCUAUCCAUCCCUACGGAUUUUAGAUGAAAGGAUGACACAGUUAUAUAACACGACGGAGUCGCCAUCAGCUCCAGAUGAACUUACUAGUGGUAUGAUCUUAGUUGCAAAAUGGUAUAAUACGUGGGUCAGAGUAUACGUCGAACAGCCAGAUCCUCAUGGCGAACAGCAUUUAGUACGACUUGUUGAUCACGGUGGUUAUUGGGUGUUUAGUAGUUCAGAAAUGAGAAAAAUUAGGUCAGAUUAUCUUACGUUACCGUUUCAAGCAAUUGAAAUAUUCUUGGCAAAUGUACAACCAAAAGAUGGUGAAUGGAAUCAAGAAGCUUAUAAUACAGUUGCUCAGAUGUGUACCGGAAUUGUUGGUCAAGCUCAAAUAGAAGGUUACAUCAAUACAAACACAUAUAUUAGUCUCUAUCUUAAUAUUCAGAAACAUGGGGUGAUAUCCCUCGCCGAUGAAUUAAUAGCUCGUGGAUUCGCGGAAUCCAUACCAUUAGAAAAUAUAAUUCCAGAAGAAGGUAUAUUAAUCUCUUAAGGUAUGAAUUAGAAAUUUAGUCUAUAAUAACUAUACUUGUAAAGAAACCGUGAUAAUAUGUGAUCACGCAAUUUUUUUAGUCAUUAUGUGCAUAUAUGAUUCAUUUUCAUUCUCAUAUUUCAUACAUUAAGAAAAAAUACCAAGGAAAUGAUACUUCCUAACAUUGAUUUGAAUGUUUUUAUUAACACUAGCAGUUUUCUACAUCCUGUUCGAUAUGCCAUCUAUUAAAUCUAUUGAAUCAUAUUUAUUGAACCUAGAUUGAAUUACAUGACAUAUUGCAUAUACAUUCUCUUGUUAAUACAUUACGUAUCAAUGAACAUAUGUAAGGAUAAACAAUAUUUAACGAGCAUUUAUAAAUACUCCUCAUGUAUGAUUUAUAACAAGUACAAAUGUAAACUAUUGUGUUUAGAGUGUGGCAUUUUUACGUGCAUGGUUAAUAAGAUUUUUUAAUAGUAUUUAUCAUGUUACUGGACGGAAAAAGAAUUUAGAUCAACUUAAACAGACAAUAGAUAAUUAAACAAAAGAAAACACUCCUCCCCGUACUUAUAUGCUGUCAAGAGGUACAAUAGAUUUAUUAAAUGCCAAAUGUACGAUAUAUAAUACAUAUUUAUAAAACGCCACAUUCUAGCGGCUGAAUUCGAGUAAUAAGAAAUUAGAAAGAAAAGGGACAUUUAUUGUACAUUUAAUACGAUAUUCAAAUGAUUUAUAACAUAGGAACAGUUAUUUUACGGUAUGAUAGUGUAAUAUACGUUUCUGUAAAGUACAGUGAAUGAAAACUACAGAUUUUCACGAAUUACAAAAGCCACGUGGUAUGGUCCAUAAUACUUUUACUUUUAAAAACUUGUGGAACUAAUUUGUCCUUCUAUUAGUUUUUUUUUUUUUUUUUUUUUU